GUUGGGAGCAGGAGGAGCCGCCCUUCCCAGUUUCUGCCCUCUGGAGUUGGCGAGUGGCCCAUUCUAGUGAUGGGCCCCCCGAAAAGGCAGGUCCGGAAAGGAGAGAGGCACGUGGAUGAGUAUUUACUUACAUGCUGCAGCGACAGUUAAGACUUGCGUAUGUCUCGGAGCUGGAAAGGGCGGGAGUCGUGGCUCUACCCCGCCUGCCUCUCCCCCUUUAUCCGUUUCUCGCAGCAGUCUUCGGGUUACAUAAAUCGCAGAGUCCCGCCGGAGGUUCUACAGUUCCCCGACUGAUCUAGAGAGCUGGCUGGGCUUUUCCUCGGCCCCUUCCCGGAUUUCUCCUUUUUGCUCUUCGAAGCCUUCCGGGUUGUAUGUCCGAUCGCCCGUCUCCAAAACAAACUUGCUCGUUAGCGCACAACCAGCUGUUAGCAAGGGGAGUCCCGGAUGGCUCUGACCAGCGGCGCGUUUUUCUUCGGGUGGACGGUCGGGGCCGCCUCAACUUUAAUUCUGUUGGCCGCCGCCAUCUCCUUCUUGGUGCUCCGCAACUAUUGGAAAUGGAAAGAGAUGAAGGCCAUCCCGGAGAUCAGACCUUGGUAUCCCAUCCUGGGUAACUCUAUGCUCCUGGAUAGCGACGGCGAAGGUUUUUGGAAGCAGGUAAUUAAUUAUACAGAAGAAUUUCGCUAUGUACCACUGCUAAAACUUUGGGUAGGACCAUACCCUCAUUUGAUCUUAUAUCACCAAGACACUGUAGAGGUUAUCUUACGUAGCUCAACAUUUAUUGACAAGUCCUAUCUCUAUCAAUUUCUUCAACCUUGGCUAGGAACAGGACUUCUAACAAGCACUGGGAAAAAAUGGCAUUCCAGAAGAAAAAUGUUAACUCCAACUUUCCAUUUUACAAUCUUAGUAGAUUUCCUUGAAGUGAUGAUUGAACAAGCCAAUAUCCUUGUUCAAAAUCUUGAAAAACAUCUGGACAAAGAUCCAUUCAACUGCAGUUUAUACAUUGCAUUAUGCACCCUUGACGUAAUCUGUGAAACAGCUAUGGGCAAAAAUAUUGGUGCACAAAAGAAUAAAAAUUCAGAUUAUGUCAAAGCUGUCCAAAAUAUGAGUGAUCUAAUUCAUCAUAGACAGAAAUCACCAUGGUUUUGGCCCAACCUUUUGUACUAUGUUUUUGGAGAAGGAAGGCAACAUUACAUGAACCUGAAGAUACUUCAUAGCUUUACAGAUAAAAUUAUUGAAGAAAAAGUGCGCAAAAUAAAGCAACAAGAGCAAUAUCAAAAUGGCGCUGCCAGCAGCAAUCACCUAAGAAAGAAUAAAGAGAGGAAAGCUUUCCUCGAUAUGCUUCUGAAUGCCAGAGAUGAAGAUGGGAGGAAGUUGAGUUACUCCGGUAUACGAGAGGAAGUGGAUACAUUUAUGUUUGAGGGUCAUGAUACCACUGCUGCUGCCUUGAAUUGGGCUAUUUACUUACUUGCAAGGCAUCCAGAAAUCCAAAGAAAAGUUCACAAUGAACUGGAUGAGGUUUUUGAUGAUUCUGACCAUCACAUCACAAUGGAAGAUCUGAAAAAACUGCGAUACCUGGAAUGUGUCAUUAAAGAAGCACUUCGUCUUUUCCCUUCUGUUCCAUUUUUUGCCCGUAUUCUGAAUCAGGAAUGCUAUAUCAGAGGGUAUAAGAUACCAAAAGGGACUGAUGUCAUAAUUGUGCCAUAUGCAUUGCAUAGAGACCCUGACAAUUUCCCAGAGCCACAGGAAUUCAAACCAGAGCGUUUUUUUCCUGAGAACUCCGCUGAACGACACCCUUAUUCUUAUAUCCCUUUUUCUGCUGGGCUCAGGAAUUGCAUUGGUCAACGCUUUGCCCUGCUAGAAGGAAAGACAAUUCUAGCAACCAUAUUGCGACAUUUUUGGUUGGAAACUAAGCAGAAACAUGAGGAACUUGGUAUGGUUGCAGAACUGAUUCUUCGUCCAAGCAAAGGCAUCUGGAUUCAGCUAAAAAAGAGACCAACUCCCAGCUCUUAGUAUGAGAAGCUACUGGAGUAGUACAUUCAAUCAUUUCAUCAAUAAAAACUAUGCAUUUUGAUGGAUGGACAAUAAGGAUGAAUAACAAUUACAAUCAAAGAGUUGUAUGGUUGCGGACCAAUGCUCAAAUAAUUAACUAUACCAAAACAAAAUAAAAUACAUCAAUCACUAUACAUCCCUAUAUACGUAGGGCUAUAUGACAAUAUAGUAAUAUACCAAUUGUCAAGGAUAAUAUGUUAAACCUGCUACUGCUAUGUUAGGUCAUUGGUUCCAGUCAUGAAGUUUCUCAUUAAAGGUUCAUGAUGAAAGUUAGGAGUCCUGAAGAAAGCAAAGAGCAGUAAUAAAUGGAAAUUUCAUUGUGAAAUAAGAAAUGGAGUUCCUCAAGGAUUUCUGCUGUAAUCAAUGUUUUUUUUAAUUGUUAAUAAGUAAUCUUGACUUAGAGAUAAGAGCUAAUCAUCUACAAACUGUAUAAUACUACCAAUAAAGAAUAAUACUAUUGAUCAAAUACUGUUAAUCAAAUAAUAUAUAUUUGAGCAUUAUGUAUGUACACACAUAGAUACACACGGAUAGUAACUAAUAUAUGUUGUAAGUCUAUAUAUGUAGUAGAUAUAUCAAUAGUAAUAGUAUAUGCAUAAUACUAUUAUUCAAAAUCAGUUCUGAAGAGUUCCUGAAGUCUUUAAACUCAUUAAAUUCAGUGAAAUAACAAAAAAAAAGCUUCAGGACCUGAAUGACUCAUAAAACUAAAGCAAUGUAUAUAGUGAUUUAUGCAAAAGUGCAUAAAUUUGGUAUCCAUACAGAAAAUUUGGCUUUCCAAAUCUCAAUUUCCAAAUAAGGAUAAAUAAGGGUGAAUACAAUAAUGUAGCGCGCCCUGGUGGCCAGUAACUAAAGUCUAAGUAUAAAGUUAUUAACUUGGAUUUAAUUUCUUUUUUAAAAAACUUUAAUUUUGUGUGCUGAUUGGGUCUGCACUGUCUGGAACUAGAGAGAAAAAAUAUUUUGGAUCAUAGUUCAAAAAUAUUUUGGAUCAAGAAAAGGUGAGAAUUUUUUGGAACCUG